UAUUUUAACAUUAUUGAUAAUAACAAGAAAAAUAAUUUUAAUAAUAAUAGUAAUAAUAAUAAAGUUGUUGUGUGUAUAAUUAUGUAUUAUAGAGUUUACUGUUAGCAGUUGUGCAGAUAAUAGUUUUUCAGUGUAGUGAAUAAAUGUGUAUCAUGCGAUUAAGGAUUGUGUUGGACAUUCAUUGUGCAUCGGCAGAAUAAAAUAAAAAGAUAUAUUUAUCGGUAUUUCAUUCAUUUGGUUUUUAUAAAACUAAUUUGAUGGAGAAUACUACUUCUACCGCAUUUACAAUUGAUAAUCAAUCAUCAAACAAAAAUAACGAAUUGAAAAAUGGGGAUAAUAUCGAAGAUUGUCAACAACAGCAUCAAAGACGGCAAAGGAAUGCCGGAAAUGGUCGGUGGUGUACCAGUAGCGUUCGAUCGCGGUCAUCUACAUCAUUUCUCAUACACAAUUUACUUAUAUCUUGUUCGGGUGAUGCUAGUGACGUGCAAACAACUAUAUCUCCUCCAUCACUUCCGCUUGUUGAGCAAGACAACGACAAUGAAGAUACUAGCAAUAAUAGUAGUAGCAGCGAAAGCAAAAGUAGAAGUUGUAGUCCACAAGACUUACAACUAUCAUCCCCCGUAAUGGACGUUAAAGAAGAAAAAGAGGACAUUGACGGAAUGUACGAUGCAGAACACUAUAGAAUUAAGAGACGUAAAUGCACUAUUCCUUUUAGAAGAAGAACGACUAAGAAAAAAGAAAGCAUCAGUACUAAUGCUGGUGAUAGCGGUGAUAGUGAUAUUGAAAAAAGAGAAACUGAUAAAGAAUCAGCAUCACUAAAAGUUUCAGAAGAGGAUUCACAAACACAAUCAAUACAAACCCAACCACCGCCUAUUUCAAUAUACCUAUCUACAACCAUGAAUAAUCAACAUCAACUAUCUACAUUACAAACAUCAACCCAAACACACACUUCAACGUCAACCACACCGGUGUCGUCGUUAAACUUCAGUGUAAAUGCCAUUCUCAGUGGUGGAGGAUGUUCUAAUGGGCGAAGCAAUAGUACUAGUAGUAACUGUAGCACCGGAAGCAAUGGGAGUAACGGGUCCAGUGGUUUCGGAUACGGUGGGAAAACGAUCGUACAUCAACAAAAUAUUUAUGACACUGGUCAACAGCACAGCCAACACUUGGCUUCUGCAGCUUUUUUGCGAAUUACAGCAGCGGCCGCAGCAGCUUCCGCUUCGUCGCCUUCUGGUCCCAUGUUUUACCAUCACCAUCAUCUAGCUUCAGUCGCCGCACUCCACCAUCACCAGCAACGACAGCAACAGCAAUUACACCAAAACCGAGUACACGCGGCAACCUGCAGUCCGUCGCCGACACCUCCGCCGUCUUGUCUGCCGGCCGCCGCCGCAUCGAGCACGCCGUCCACUUGCACCUUCUUGACGGACGCCACCAGCACGCUGACCACCGCACCCCAAUCGGCCGCACAAUCUCUCCGGACCAUCGCCAAGCCCAUCGCACGCAGGCCCGCCAAUGCCGCGAAUCCCAACGCGGGCUCCAACGGCAACGUCCACAACUCCGCGUUGCUGCCGCUGGCCGCCGCAAAUUUGGCGUCCAACGGUCCGUCGAGUGGCGGCGGCGGCGGCGGCGGCGGCGGUCUGGCGAACAACGCCAACGACGGUGCGGGCGGCGGCGCAAAUGUCUGCAACUCGACCGCACUGUCGAACACGUCCAUUUCGUCUGCCUCUACUCCCGGUCCAGGACGACCUAAUGGCUCUGGAACAAACAGGUUCCCUAUAGUACACCCUCAGUACAAUUAUCGUCAUCAUUUAGCUCAUCAACAUCCUCACACUCAUCAUGAAAUCCUCAUGAUGCAGUCUCGAUCAAAUGGAGUAUCUAACUCCAAUAACGGAACAUCGAAUUCUAUGGCUGCUGUUCCUCCGUCACCUUUUUCAUCUUCCACCACGUGGCCUUAUAAUGCGGGAUCCAGUGCAAACGGAGGAGGAUCGGUACAUAUAACCGGAACAAAUUCACAUCAUCAUAGAAUUACGCCAUUGCACCAUCAUCAGCAUCAUCCGUCAGCAACAACCAUGCUAUUAAUGAGCACCAACAACAACACCUUGAAUGUGAUGAACGGGGUAGUGGUCGGUGGAAACAACAGGGGAAAACCACGGAGGGGCAUGAUGCGACGGGCCGUGUUCUCUGAUGCACAACGAAAGGGCUUAGAACGUCGAUUUCAGGUGCAAAAGUACAUUAGCAAACCGGAUAGAAAGCGAUUGGCUGACAAGUUAUCGUUAAAAGAUUCUCAGGUAAAGAUAUGGUUCCAAAACCGUCGGAUGAAGUGGCGCAACACUAAGGAACGGGAAUUGUUGGCAGCCGGCACGGGUUGUCGCGAACAGACAUUGCCGACGAAAAACAAUCCCAAUCCGGACCUGAGUGACGUUACUACGACGUCUACAGCAGCGUCAAAUAGCGGCGCGUUGCCGUCUUCGUCGACGGUCACCGCAACAACGCCGACCGCAGGAUCCGGAGCGGCGACGUCGACGACACCGGCAUCGGCAGGCGGCCAACAGGAAAAAAAAAAUACCAACGGCAUGAAAAACCACCAUCAGCAUCCACUACACCAGCAGCAGCAUCAUUCGGUCCAACAGAAGCAGAUACCUCAGAAGAAGAUCAACGUGGCGGUGGAUCAGAUGCUGCUGAACAGGGGCAGUGGCAGCGGUGGUGCAGGCGGGCCACUAGUAGUCAGACAACAGCAAGUGUUGUAGUUAAAUAACGAUAU